CUCCCCCUCCCUCCUCCCCUCCGGUCCUGUCUCCAGCGGGAGCGCGAGACGCUGGUCAGGCUCCGCGGCGCAGCUCGAAAAGGAAGAAUCGCCCCCAAUUGACUUAAAUUCCGCCGAAGCCGGCGCCGCGGCCGCCCGCCGCCCGGGAUCUGCUCGCUGUGGUGUUUGCUUUCUCCAUUCUUCCUUAAAAAAAAAAAAAAAAAAAAAAAAAAAAAAAAAAAAAAAGGCAAAACAAAACCAGCCAGCCAGCCAACCAAGAAUCCGGUUUGUUGAUCGCCUUGGUUUUUUUUUUUUUUUUUUUCACCGUUUGCGGGAUUUGCAAACCGAGUUACAUGCAUGUCCAGUGGGGGUAGGUUUAAUUUUGACGAUGGAGGGUCCUACUGUGGAGGCUGGGAGGACGGCAAGGCGCACGGCCAUGGCGUCUGCACCGGUCCCAAGGGCCAAGGCGAAUACACCGGCUCGUGGAGCCACGGCUUCGAGGUGCUGGGCGUCUACACCUGGCCCAGCGGCAACACGUACCAGGGCACUUGGGCGCAGGGCAAGCGCCACGGCAUCGGCCUGGAGAGCAAGGGGAAGUGGGUGUACAAGGGCGAGUGGACGCACGGAUUUAAGGGGCGCUACGGGGUGCGGGAGUGCACGGGCAACGGGGCCAAGUACGAAGGCACCUGGAGCAACGGGCUGCAGGACGGCUACGGCACGGAGACAUACUCUGACGGAGGGACCUACCAGGGCCAGUGGGUCGGCGGCAUGCGGCAAGGCUACGGCGUGCGGCAGAGCGUUCCCUACGGCAUGGCAGCGGUCAUCCGCUCGCCCCUGAGGACGUCCAUCAACUCUCUGCGCAGCGAGCACACCAACGGCGCGGCGCUGCACCCCGACGCCUCCCCGGCGGUGGCCAGCAGCCCGGCCGUGUCCCGAGGGGGCUUCGUGCUCGUGGCGCACAGCGACUCCGACAUCCUCAAGAGCAAAAAGAAGGGGCUGUUCCGGCGCUCGCUGCUGAGCGGCCUGAAGCUGCGCAAGUCCGAGUCCAAGAGCAGCCUGGCCAGCCAGCGCAGCAAGCAGAGCUCGUUCCGCAGCGAGGCCGGCAUGAGCACGGUCAGCUCCACGGCCAGCGACAUCCACUCCACCAUCAGCCUGGGCGAGGGCGAGGCCGAGCUGGCGGUCAUCGAGGAUGACAUCGACGCCACCACCACGGAGACCUACGUGGGCGAGUGGAAGAGCGACAAGCGCUCGGGCUUCGGCGUGAGCCAGCGCUCCGACGGGCUCAAGUACGAGGGCGAGUGGGCGGGCAACAGGCGGCACGGCUACGGCUGCAUGACCUUCCCCGAUGGCACCAAGGAGGAGGGCAAGUACAAGCAGAAUGUCCUCGUGAGCGGCAAGCGCAAGAACCUCAUUCCGCUGCGUGCCAGCAAGAUCCGCGAGAAGGUGGACCGGGCCGUGGAGGCCGCCGAGCGGGCUGCCACCAUUGCCAAGCAGAAGGCGGAGAUCGCGGCCUCCAGGACCUCCCACUCCCGGGCCAAGGCCGAGGCCGCCCUCACCGCAGCACAGAAGGCUCAGGAGGAGGCACGCAUCGCCAGGAUCACUGCCAAAGAGUUCUCGCCUUCCUUCCAGCACCGGGAAAAUGGGCUCGAGUACCAGCGGCCGAAGCACCCGAUCUCCAGCAGUGAUGUCGAGGUGGCCUCCACGGGGACGCCCUUGCAGCAGGAGAGCCCCGAGCUGUACCGCAAAGGCACCACCCCCUCGGACCUGACCCCCGACGACAGCCCCCUGCAGAGCUUCCCCGCCAGCCCCACGGCCACCCCGCCCCCGGCCCCUGCCUCACGGAACAAGGUUGCCCACUUCUCCCGGCAGGUGUCGGUGGAUGAGGAGCGAGGCGGGGACAUCCAGAUGCUCCUGGAGGGCCGGGGAGGGGACUAUCCCCGCAAUAGCUGGGGUGAGGAGAAGGCCGGAGGCUCCAGGGGCAUCCGCGGCGGUGCCCUCCGCAGCGGUCAGCCUGCGGACGACUUCCGCUCCCGAGGCUCAGGCCACAAGCAGCCCAGCAACCCCAAGUCCCGGGAGCGGCGGACGGAAUCACCCCCCACGUUCUCCUGGACUUCCCACCACCGGGCCGGCAACCCCGGCUCUGGGGGUGCCAAGCUGCUGGAGCUGGACGAGGAGAAGCUGAGCAACUAUGAGAUGGAGAUGAAGCCGCUGCUGAGGAUGGACUCGUACGUGCAGGAGGUGCACCCCCAGAAGAGACGCUACAGCAAGGGGGCGGCCUGCCGGGGCUUGGGGGAGGACCACCGCGCCGACGACCGGGGCUUUGGGACCCAGAGACUGCGGUCCAAGUCCCAGAACAAGGACAGUGCCAGGCUGGGCCCCUGCGCGGAGCCCGCGGUGCAGAGGUUGGAGAGCCUGCGGCUGGGGGACCGGGCUGAGCCACGCCUGCUGCGCUGGGACUUGGCCUUCUCCCCGCCCCAGAAGUCCUCACCUGUGGCACUGGAGUCGGACGAGGAGAAUGGGGACGAGCUCAAGUCCAGCACGGGCUCGGCUCCCAUCCUGGUGGCCAUGGUGAUCUUGCUCAACAUCGGAGUCGCCAUUUUGUUUAUUAACUUUUUCAUCUGAUGAGAUGUCACGUUAGCAAAAACAACGACUGGUGUACAAAGGGACCUUAACACACGACAAAAGGGAAGGAUCGUAACUCGGACAGCCCGACAACCACUUCCGAGUCUUUUCACAGAACAACAUGAUUGGGUAUUACUCACAGUUUGCCUUUUUUUCUGGGUAAUGUUUUUUGGAUUUUAGCCAAAAUUCUUUGCUUGUAUAACACGAUGCUGUGUGGCAUGGCAGAAGGAGGCCAGCACGCCGACCCUCCAGCUUGGUGUGGAAAGGAAAGGGAUCCCAGCAAAUCAGUGGCCGAAAACUAAAGCGGCCACGGUCCUCGCCGCCAUCACAGCCGGCCUGGGACUGGAAGAGGAGGCAGUGGAGGAAGGCCCCCGCGUGUCCAGCUGUGCCCGGCCGAUGGGGAAGCAGCUGCUGUCAGGCUGAGCACAGGAAGUCGGCUACCUCUGCUUUUCCUCUGGGUCCUGGCAGAGUGAGCGGGUGACCGUAUGGGCGUGCAGCAGGGGGGAGAGGGAGUGCCGUCCCCGUUGGCAGCAGCCUGGGCGUCUAUUCGGAGUAUGUGCUGUGUACUUGAGGAAGCAGGGACCUGCUGCCUCUUCUCUUCCCCCUGAAACGCCACAUCCUGCCCUCUGCUCCCUCUGGCCUUGGAGGUGAGGCUAACUCCCCACAGAGUCUGAAAGGAAGGUCCUUCUGCUCCCCGGGUCUGCCCCCACACCCACGCCCACCAUCCUUCCCCCCAACCCCUCCCCCAUCCCCAGGAAGCAGGGCUGCAGACAGGACCGAGGGUGGAGAGUGGCAUGGGGCCACUUAGCCCUCAGGCUGGCCCCAAGUGUGGCAUUUGUACACUUGGCAUGCAGCAGGUGUAUCCAGGUCCCCUGGCCCCGUCCAACGUCUAUGGCAGUGACCUGGCCCUCCGCGCCAUCCUCUCUCACGGUCACUCAGCACACGAUCCCUGCAGCUCUGUCCUGUGUGGGGGCUCCCUUCCCCCUCCCGAUGUGCACACUCUGUCUAGAUGCCUCAUUCGUACCCUAGAGCUGAAUUGGUCCCAGGACAGGAAUGUGAACGAAAAUUCCUAAGCAGUCGUAGCUUCUCCCUCUCACCCGAAUACACGUGGUUGAGUUUGGGUCUAUAUCCUCUACCACUGUUGCUCCAUCAUCCAAAUGAAAGAAAAAAGGUUCCAGGAGGUUUGGGCGCCCCAUGGUCCUAGCGCUGGAGCCAGCCCCAGCCCGUGGGUAUGGACGUGUCUAUGGGGCAUGGCCACGUCCAUACGCAGGCCUCUGCGCUCACACCUGGGACGGCCCUCACCGGGAGCUUCCACAGCCGUCCUGGGCCCGGCCCGGCUAUGGACUCUGCCUUGCUUUGCUUAUGUUCAGCUGUUUCUCUGCUACCUUUCAAGCAGAUUUCUUUACUACACUGCACUGGAUUGCUAUAUUUUUAACCAGAAAUAAACUAAAGAUUAGAGCAUGUUCCAGUUAAA